UGUACAUAAGCUGGGUGCGCUCUCAGUCUCCUCAGACUCCUGUUUCUACUCCCUUGAUUGCUGAGAUGGCUUCUGGCCUCUGUGUGAAUGUCCAUUCUGAGGAAUGGAAAUUGAUGACCUUCAAUGCCAACUCGCAUGACAGAGUGAAGAAGAUCAAUGAACAUGUCCGGUCUAAGACCAAGGUUCCCGUGCAGGACCAGAUUCUUCUCCUGGGCUCGAAGACUCUUAAGCCCAUGAGAAAGCUAUCAUCUUAUGGCAUUGACAAGGAGACGACCAUCCACCUCACCCUGAAGGUGGUGAAGCCCAGUGAUGAGGAGUUGAACGUGACUCUGGUGGAGUCGGGUGAUGAGGGGCAAAGGUACCUCCUCCAGGUGCGAAGGUCCAGCUCAGUGGCCCAGGUGAAAGAGAUGAUCAAGGCCAAGACCGCCAUAUCUCCUAAGAAACAGAUCGUGACUUGCAAUGGAAAGAAACUGGAAGAUGGGAAGACCAUGGCAGAUUAUGGCAUCAGAAAGGACAGUUUACUCUUCCUGACAUCCCACUGCAUUGGGGGUUGACCAGCCUGGGGCGGGGGUGAUAUGAGGAGCAAAGGAGUUUAUUUCCUUUUAGCUCUAACUCACCAACCACAUCCAUUGAUUAUUUCCCGAAACUAAUGAGAAAGAGAGAAAUAGCAGGAGAUUUGGGGUGAAGUAGGGAGGGAGACUACAGAAUACUUUCCAACUAUGAUUCUUUGAUUCUAACCAUUGAUUAAGUGGUACGAUUGCAUAUCACAUAUUACUUACAACAAAAUACAUUUUUAAGGCACAUUAGAGAUAGCAUUCAAAGCCAGCUUGCUUCUUGGUUCCCUGUGAUUUAUAGAAAAACUCCUAUUUUCUUUCCCAUCCAACAAGAUAGUGAAUUUUAGGUUGAGAUUCAUGUUUCCCUAAUUUAUGUUUCCACUUAGUUUAGCCCAGUGCUUCAUGUAUUAUAUCACUCAAUAAUUGUUGAACCAAAUUAAAUUUCUACUUAUAGAGAACAGUGAAAUGAUUUAUUAUGAAGUGAAUUAAUUACUCUGACAUGAUUACAAUCUAAUUAAUAAAGAACUUAGAAACACAAUUCAACUAAUUCUCUU